AGAACGCAUUCUUAUUUACAAUGUUAUGUAUUGCUCAUCAUUGGUGACGGCUGUUGUUUACUUAUUUAUUUGUUGUCUCAUCACAUUAUUGUACAAAAAAACGGAAACGUAGCUAAUACACCAGUAUUUAUUGUUUCGAGUGGUCUUUUUAGUGGUAUGGGGAUCCAGUAUUGCGUCGCUGAUUGCAUUGAUUGACAGAUCAUCCCUGAAGUUGUUUUAUUACGUCAAAGUGCAUUCACAUUAUGACGUUGGCUGAGUUACCGUAUAAAAUGCGAUAGUUUAUCUCUUUGGUAAUCACUUGGUAAAGUUUUACAUGAUGGGAACAUAGGCUCCAGCCAUAGACUUUAACCAUGGAGGAUAAUAAGAGUUUAAAUGAAGAUGAUCCACAUGAUCAUCAAAGUUUGGAAGGUCAAGUCCAGAAAAUGAAGAAUGAUAUCCUGGGUUUAAACUAUCCAGAAGAUAGUGAAGUGAAGGAUCCCCUGCCUCAGAUCGAGCUGAAGGCUGUGACAAGGAGAAAAGUUAAGACCAAGAGGAGGACCAGUGCCAACAGGUCCACAGUUGAACAGAGCACUGAUAGUGAUGCGGCUGAGAGAGAUUUUGUUGAUAAUCAGAAUGAUGAAGAUGAGGAAAAGGUGAAGAAGGAUCCCCUGCCUCAGAUGCAGCAGGAUGCCGUGAAAAGAAAUAAAGUCAAG